GCCCCGGCGCGCCGCCACCGCCCGCCCGUCCGCCGCCCCCCGCCGGCAGCCACCAUGAACAAGCUGUACAUCGGGAACCUAAACGAGAGCGUGACUCCGGCCGACUUGGAGAAAGUCUUCAACGACCACAAGAUCUCUUUCAGCGGGCAGUUCCUGGUUAAGUCCGGCUAUGCCUUUGUGGACUGCCCCGACGAACAGUGGGCCAUGAAAGCCAUCGAAACUUUUUCGGGGAAAGUGGAGCUGCAUGGAAAACAGCUAGAGAUUGAACACUCAGUACCUAAAAAGCAAAGGAGCCGGAAGAUUCAAAUCCGAAAUAUCCCACCCCAGCUGCGAUGGGAGGUUCUGGAUGGCUUGCUAGCACAAUAUGGCACUGUAGAAAACUGUGAGCAAGUGAACACAGACAGUGAGACCGCUGUGGUUAAUGUCACCUACACAAACCGGGAGCAGACCAGGCAAGCCAUCAUGAAGCUGAACGGGCACCAGCUGGAGAACCACGUGCUGAAGGUCUCCUACAUCCCUGAUGAGCAGUCAGUGCAGGGCCCAGAGAAUGGGCGCCGGGGUGGCUUUGGGGCCCGAGGUGCCCCCCGGCAGGGUUCCCCUGUCACAGCAGGGGCUCCAGUCAAGCAGCAGCCUGUGGACAUCCCGCUCCGUCUGCUGGUGCCCACACAGUAUGUGGGUGCCAUCAUUGGCAAAGAAGGGGCCACCAUCAGGAACAUUACCAAGCAGACACAGUCCAAGAUUGAUGUUCACCGUAAGGAGAAUGCAGGAGCUGCAGAAAAAGCCAUCAGCAUCCACUCCACCCCUGAGGGCUGCUCUGCUGCCUGCAAAAUGAUCUUGGAGAUCAUGCAGAAGGAGGCAAAGGACACAAAGACAGCUGAUGAAGUGCCUCUGAAAAUCUUGGCCCAUAACAACUUUGUGGGGCGCCUGAUUGGCAAAGAAGGGCGAAACUUGAAGAAAGUGGAGCAGGAUACGGAGACAAAGAUCACCAUUUCAUCCUUGCAGGACCUGACCCUGUACAACCCUGAAAGAACGAUCACAGUGAAGGGCUCCAUCGAGAACUGCUGCAAAGCAGAGCAGGAGAUCAUGAAGAAAGUGAGAGAAGCCUACGAGAACGAUGUCGCGGCCAUGAGCCUGCAAUCUCAUCUCAUCCCUGGCCUUAACCUGGCUGCUGUCGGCCUCUUCCCUGCCUCCUCCAACGCAGUACCUCCUCCUCCCAGCAGCGUCUCCGGGGCUGCUCCAUACAGCUCCUUCAUGCCUCCCGAGCAGGAGACCGUACACGUCUUCAUCCCUGCCCAAGCAGUCGGUGCCAUCAUUGGCAAGAAGGGCCAGCACAUCAAGCAGCUCUCCCGGUUCGCAAGUGCCUCUAUUAAGAUUGCACCCCCGGAGACGCCGGACUCCAAAGUGCGCAUGGUGGUCAUCACAGGCCCUCCAGAAGCUCAGUUCAAGGCACAAGGCAGGAUUUAUGGGAAGCUGAAGGAGGAGAACUUCUUUGGGCCGAAGGAAGAAGUGAAGCUGGAGACACACAUCCGUGUCCCCGCCUCGGCUGCAGGGAGGGUUAUUGGCAAAGGGGGCAAAACUGUCAAUGAGCUGCAGAACCUGACGGCUGCAGAGGUGGUGGUUCCACGGGAUCAGACCCCUGAUGAGAACGAGCAGGUCAUUGUGAAGAUCAUCGGGCACUUCUAUGCCAGCCAGAUGGCGCAGCGCAAAAUCCGGGACAUCCUGGCCCAGGUGAAGCAGCAGCAUCAGAAGGGACAAAGCGGCCAGCUGCAAGCGAGGAGGAAAUGAGAGCAGCACUGACACCAAUGUGAAAAGUGGAACAAGCCAAUGCCAGGCUUAAGAGUGGCUGGGAAUCAGUUACCAUAGACAGAUGCAAUUGUUUUCAUUAACUGGUCGACACUAAAAGGCAGUUUGAUUGGCUUUCAAGGCAAGAGGGACGGGGCUAAGAACCAGACCGCACCAUCUGACUCAUUUUUAGCUCCAUGUGCUGACACUGUACUGAACCGAAGUGGGAGGUGCUGUGGGGCUGGGGGAUGGAGCCCAACACCAGGCACUGCACUCAGCCCCUGCAGGCACUGCCUGCCCUCAUCUCAGGGCCUCUGGGGCUCCCCCAGGGCUCCCCCCAGCUUCACUUCCCCAUCCCUCCCUCAGUCCCUUCCCUGCCUCAGCGGUGUGGCUGACGGAUGUUCCCAGAGUGAUGUUAAACCUUUGGGAUCCUUUUUUUUUUUUUUUUUUGCUUUUUAAUUCUUUUCUUUUUUCCCCUUUUAAUUUUUCUCCUUUUUUAGGAAAUUUUUUCUUUUUUUUUUUUUCUUUUAAUUUUUCAAAAAUUCCAGUGGACCAUCACCAAUCCCCCCCCCACUGGUAACGAGAUCCAUUGUGAGGGACUGAAGGGAGGGGGGAGGAAAACUCCGUAGUGCCAAAUGGAUUUGGAUCCCCUGGGAGGAUCCCAUCAUGUCAGCAGCACCCGAGGGUGGGCAGAAGGAGAGCUUUCCUCUCCCCUGUGCUGUGUGUGCAGUGCAGUGCCUUCUGAAGCCUUAGGAACCAACGCAGGACCUCUAUUUUCCAGGACAACUUUUUAGUUUUUCAUUUGGUUGGAUGUUUCUUUAUGUUAGUUUACUUGAAAGGAGCUGUUUUUUGGGGGGAGUUUUGGGCUUGUUUUCUCUUUUUGUCAUCGUGGGUUUUUUUUUCUUUUUUUUGUGACCUAUGAACUAAUGGCAGAAUGGGAUGCAGAGCUUUAACUGCAGAGAUGCUGACAUGGGAAGGGGCAAGGGAUGUGCUUUGCUUUUUUACUUUCCUCCCUCUGAGCAACAGCAAUAAAACAGGAACAAAGCACAGCCCGUUUGGUAGGAAGCAUGAAUGAACGUCCAUCCUUCAGUAAUGGGAAAUGGGGGCUAAACAGAUUUGGGAUUCAGAGCCAAAGGGUUUUGGGGCUUUGCUGGGACUGGGGGCUCAGCCUCAGCUUUGCUUCCCAGUACAGAUUUGUGCCCCGAAAUCCCAUUGGUAUCUCCAUGGGCUCAGCCACAUGCAGUGA